UACCAUUGGAAAAUAUAUACAUGAGAGGUGCCUAUCCCGCUUUUAUUGCACCAGUUGCUCGGCGCUCCGUCCUCAAGUCUCUCGUGGAAGUCGCCGUCCGGUUGAUGCUUUCUGGUCAUCUUUGUCGUCUGUUUCUGAACGUGUCGUCGGGUCAGCGGCCAGGUCAGUACUUUUCCGUCGGUUUGUAUUAUCACCCUGAAUCCAUACAUGGCCAAAUAGGCCUUUCACAACACACACACACACACACACACAAAAUACACAUAGGAGAGCAACAUUGUUGCAGAAGUCAAGAAUUUUCAGCACAUAAUAAAACUCGAACAAGAAUGUUGGAAGUUAGAACAACUCUAACUAAGCAUGAGACAUUAUCAUAUAUUAGGAAAGAUAAUUAUUGCACUGCAUCACAACAUGACAGUGAUGGUCAUGUGUCCGAAAGUGUGUCUUCGAUGGUUAAAACCAAUGUUCA